AUGUCGUUGGAAUUGUUCGAUGAUAUUGAUAUCAUCAAAAAACACUACAAUUUAAAAAAUCCAGAAGGGGCAACAAAAUUAGACGAAAAUGAAGAAGAUAGAGUAAUUAAUCUGCCAAUAGUUUGUAAAAACAAAAUUGCAAUAGAAAAAGAAGGGAGUGAGAAUCAUCUAAAUAACUAUAUAAAAGCAUUAAAAAUUAUCAUACGUUAUAUUCCUUUUAAUGAUUCUAUUAAAAAAAAAAUAACGGAAAAAAAAUUGUAUCAGAACUUAUUUUUAGGAAGACAGAAUUAUAAUAGUAAUUCAAAUAUAAUGAAGGAAGAAAUCGCAAAUAAUAAUAAUACCGAUAAUAAUUAUGAUACUUCAAGGGAAAAUAUAAACAGCUACCCUGAUAACAUAAAAUUACAUGAAGACUUACUAGAAUUAUAUUCUGAAGUUGAUAAAUACGAAUUAAUACUUUUAAUUAAUUUAAUAACUCACAAUGGAAAUAGUGAGGACAUAUUUGAAUUUCUUUAUCCGUAUUAUUUCUAUUAUAUUAUAUUAAAUAAACUUAAAAAAGAUAAUGUAUUUAUGCUUCUGAACAAUUUCAUAAUAAACAAAAAAACAUAUGACAAAUUAAUCAGAACGAAAGAUUUUUCUUUUGUUCUAUUUCUGUCUGUUUUAGACUCUUUAAAAAAAAUAAAAAAUGAUGUAACUACUUGUAAUUAUUUUUAUGUCUUUAUUGAAAAUUCAUUAAAAUAUGAAAAUCAUUUAUUUAUACAUAUUAUAAGAGGUAUGAGAUCAUUGUACACGGAUUUUUAUGGUUACAUUCAAAAAAUGAAAGAAAAUAUAUUCCUUUUUUUCAAAAAAAAUAUAGUAUUUAGCAAUAGGAAAAUUCUAAAUAUCACAGAUAAUAAAAAUUACAUAUUGAAAUAUAUAUCAUUGAUGUUUAGAUUGAUUUUUGAAACAUUAUACAACAUUCUAGAUGAAAAAAAUUUUAAAGUAGAGCAAGUAUUGGAGUACAAGAAUUUAUAUAAAACGAUAAUUGAACAAAUUAAGGAAAAUCUAAUUUAUAUUAAUGAAAUAAACUAUUUUGACAAUUUUGUUGAUGUACACAUCGAUUUAUAUAGCAACUAUGUUUUGUUUAUGGACAUGUUUGUGUAUUAUAAAAAAAAGUUCAAUUUAGAAAUUUUCAAAUUAAUUUUAUUUAUAUCUAAUAUUUUUAGUGACCAUUAUGAAGAGUUAGAUGAUCUGUCUUGUUCAGAAAAAAAAGUAUUCAUUGACAUUAUUUUUACAUACCUAAAAACUAUACAUAAAAUGAGAAAUUAUCAUUUAUUAAAAAACGAUGAAAUUCUUUAUCACAAAUUCGUCUUAAACAGAUACAUAAUUAGUAUAGUAGCAAACUUUUCUGUAAAUAAUAUUAUUUCGAAUUAUAUAAAAAAACUUAAUGGCCUCGAUACCUUGAGAAAAUUCAUGUACAUUGAUGACAAAGACCCUUGCCUACCUGAAUAUAUUACUUUGGCCAUUAAACACAUAAAGGAAAAUGAAAAUUUUAACGAACUUUAA